AUGGCACCCAAGAGAGCUCCAGGUUCUCCCUCUGCAAAGAGGACAAGAUUGAAUGUGCAUAAUGUCGUGCAGACAGUGGAUAGCACCGAGGGUGCUAGAAGCAGUCCCCCAAAUGUCCCUCCCGAUCCUGGCAUGACUCCAGGGCCCCAAGAAGGCCUGGAUAUGCCGGGUCUGGAUCAACCUAGCACUUCAAAUGCGCUAGGUAUAGAAGCACCUUCUCUUCCUGAGAAGGACCCUCCUGACAUGCUGCUAGAGCUGAAUAGGCCUCCCAACACUCAAAUCCCCAACCCUGUUCCCAAUCCUACUAGGCCAGGUGAGGAGACGCCAAUACCCAGUGACAGCCUUGACAAGUCUGUCAAGAUCAUUGACACUGUUGGUGAUUGA